AGAGAGGUGACGUGAACAUUUGCUGAUGGCGUUAACGUUGCAGUUAUGAUCACGUGGCACACGUGGCAAGAAGCAGGUAUGUUGGCAAACUCUUCCUCUUCCAAUGACUCUCAACCAGGUCCACCUUUGUCUCCCAUCUCCUACAGCCAAUGCCUCAUGACCACACCGAGUUCCUUCAUUUACACCACAUUUAUUUCUAUCAAUGUUCUGCUCUUCCUCCCUCUGUUCAUCUUCAUACUCUAUUAUGGCUUUAAACAAUGGUGGAAAAAUCCUUCCAAAUCCAUCAGGAUCAGUAACUCUGACUGCUUCACCUACCAUAUGGUCAUCAUGGAACUCAUUGGUGUCACUGGGUGUAUCAUCUCCUUUGGAGGAAUCUACGGUGGAGAACUGAAAGCAGUCAAAGUGGGAACCACUCUGUUUUCCUUCAACUGGUAUGGAGAAGGAUUCUUUCAGAACCUAAUGUGUGUGGAGCACUUUGUGGCUGUUGUCCAUCCACUCACCUACCUGACGCUGAAAGACAAAAGAAUGGUCAGGAUCCGGAAUAUCACCAUCUGCUUUGUUUGGCUACUUUGUUUUGCAGGGAUGGGUUUGGCCAUAAAGGAUAAUUACAUCAUUAUGGAUUCUGUUAUCAUAAUAUUGUCAAUAAUUGUUACCCCUUACUGCUGCCUUUCUGUUCUUUGGGUUUUGAAUCAUCCAGGCCCAGGAGAGCAAGGUACAUGUCAGCAAAGAGUUGACCCAUUAAAGCAGAGGGCAUUUUACACAGUCGUAGCCAUACUGGGUGUCCUAAUUCUGAGAUUAAUUUGGAGUGUAAUUUGGAUUGUUAAUCUUGUACGAGCAAGCACUAAUUGUAUUGUAAUGACAUGUGAAGUUUUGUGUAAUCUGCCCAGUACGUUGGUGUUACCUUUGCUGUUUCUUCAAAGAACUGAAAAAUUAGCAUGUUGGAGGAACGACAUUUACAGUGAUUAAGAUUAUAUUUCCUGUUCCAUUCAGAAGGUUUAUUUUUGAAACCCAGUGUCGGUUGUGUCACACCAAGGAGGUUUACGCAACCCUGAUUUCUUCAAUCAUUACAUUUAAGAUUUAAAUGUUAUCUUUUAAUACACUACGAUUAUGCAACAUGUUUGGCAUAGAUGUUAAAGCAAUGAUGUAAAGUGGGUAAAAAAUAAUUUUAUAAUACGGUUGAGGUUGUCUUUGUAUAUUUUCAGCAAAUGAGUUGUGGUUGCUUGUCUCUGACGAUUUGAGUUUAUUUUCAUAGACGAAUAUCAAUAUCAGAAUAGAAUAGAAUAGAAAUACCUUUAUAGUCCCACAAUAUGGAGAUUCAGUCAUGACCAUAACAAAUAUACAUAGAGAGGAUACACCAGACUUACACACUAGAUUACAUACUAUGAACUGAAAAACUAAUUUAAAUUUAAAUUGUAAAGCAGAAUAAAUUGAACUUUUCAGAAAGCAAAAAAAA